GUUCUAUGUCGGAGGGUUCCCUCAUUUUCCCUCCACCUCCAGUUCGUCUUUGUUUACGAGGGCGUUCGGCCGUUGCUCCGCGUGCGUGUGCCGCACGCUUCUCGAAUUCAAAAAUAAAACUUAUUCAAGUCGUACGUGUAUCCUGUUCCUUUAAACAAAAUACCGUGUUACUAAAAAAAUCGAUGAUUCAUAAUAUUAUUUCGUCAUUUUAGAACUAAAUUUUUGUCAUUCGCAUUAUUUUUAGUCACGUUUUUAGUGUUAACUAAACAAAAUAAAUACCGUCGAAACCAGUCGCGUCGAGAUAUUUGAACGCAUACAGAUAAAUAAACAAUCACUGUACUGUAUAUUUGAAAUGUAAGGUGUUUCACGUUAAAAAAAAUUGAAAAAAAAGUAUCGAAUAUGGAUUGGCGCGAAAAACUUUUCGGACGCGUACUCGUCAAAUGCGAUUCGCCGGGAACGAAAAACGGGAAAUUUGAAAACAUAGCGACUUUAGAGGCCUUAUCCGACUGUGUGGAGGAUGGGGAGGGUGCUGUGUGCGGUAUUUACUUCUCGUUUGCGAACAUUAGUGAUACUAGUGACGAUUUCGGAGUUCGUUUGGAGGAAGUGUACAAGAGAGUGUUCCCCAGGCUAAAAGUUGUGGAGGUGGUGCUGUGGGCUCACGUCGGGACCCCCGAAGGUCCGGUGGAGAGGGAGGCGGGCUUCCGUCGGAGUUUAACCGGAAAACCCUGGUUUGCUGUGCCUUUUCAUGAUGUGGAUACCAAGCGGCGUCUCACCCAAAAAUACAGUAUAGCAGUCGGCGUUCCAACUCUCGUGAUCAGGGGACGCGCGGUCAGGGAUGCUUUGCUCAGCGACCCUAAGGGAGAGAGGUUCCCAUGGCCAGCACCGCCACUCGACGAGGUGCUCAGGGGAGUGGAGCUGGAAGGUGAAAAGAAGAUCCUCUAUGAGCAGCUACCCCCUGAUGCCGUGAGGGUCUUUUACUUUGCUGCACACUGGUGCCCUCCGUGCCGGUCGUUCGCCCCGAGCCUCUGUGCCGCGUUAUCAGCGGUGCGCAAGAGACGAUCGAAGUACGCGAACACGCAGCUCAUACUGGUUUCCAGUGACAGAUCAGAACAAUCAUACGCUCGUACCGUAGCAUCGCUGUCCUCCGGUAACGCUUUAGCAAUACCUUGGUCAGCCAGCGAAGCGAGGCUCGCCCUACCGGCCGCCCUCGGCGUGGCGGGCAUUCCUGCUCUGGUCAUUACAGACGGUACGGGGAAAGUGCUCACUUCUAAUGGCAGACAGAGUCUAGCUGCGGAUCCUAUGGGUUUGAACUUCCCGUGGGCUCCGCGUCCUGUCUCCGUGUUGACAGAACAAGCACUGCUCAAGAUGGCGCGUCACCCCGCUGUUGUACUGUUCAUAGAUGACGAAGAUUCAGAAAUCGAAUUCUCCGAAUCGGUACUAACACCUUCCGCCGAAUCCUAUUAUGAAGAGUGUAGUAUCCAGUACCCGGGCUUUUGCCCCUACCAGAACUCUUCAGACGAUGAAACAAUGGACUUCGACUACAGCACCAAGCACUCAACCAAAAAGAAGAAAUCCUUUAAACACGUCUUGUUCUACAUUGGCAUCGAUGGAACGGACAGCGCUGAUAUGAUAAGAGAGCACAUAGGCUUGGACGAUGCGGUUCCACUCCUUACUGCCAUAGACUUCCCAAAACAACGCAUGGUCACCAUGAAAUAUGGGGAUGAGAUCACAACUGAUUCCGUACAGAAUUUUGUGGAUGCCUUUCUGAGUGGUAACGCUGAUUUUAAAACCUUGAAACCUUACAGUGAAAAGUGUUAAACGGUAAUAAUUACAACUAUUUCAAUUCUAGGAAAA